AUGGACGCCCUGCGCAGAACCGUGCAAGACAGGGAGACGGAAGACUUGUCCCUGAUCGCUUAUGCGCUGAUCCUGCCAAGCGAGUCGACCCUUAUUCCGUUAGCGCAGCCGCCCAUCGACCCUAUGCGGCUCCAUGCGGCCAGGAAUCGAGUUCGGAAGCUGAUCGCCGCAGAAACUGCUGAAGACUUGAGAGACCGCUAUGAGGAGCUGACGCCAGAAGAAGGCGAGGCCUACACCAUCGACGGGCCCAACGCCAGCCGGCGCCGGCUCCGCAACGUGCUGCUGGCGUACCUCGCUGCACCCGGAACCGCAGAGGCGGCAGCGCGGUGCGGCGCACACUUUCGGAGCGCACGAGGUAUGACGGACAAGGAGGCAGCCUUCAGCCUCCUCUGCUCCAUGCCAGACUCCGCGGAGGCCAAGGAGGCCGUGGAGGUGUUCCUGGCGGAAGCCAAAGGCGACGCCAACGUCAUCGACAAGUGGUUUGCUUCGCAGGCAAGGGCCGAUGUAGAUGACCUGCUGCCACGGGUGAGGCAGUUGAUGGAGCACCCAGAGUUCACCCUCAAGAAUCCAAAUCGCCUGCGCUCGGUGGUCAGCGUCUUCAUCGGUAGCCCACAGUUCCACCUUGCGGAUGGCUCCGGCUACGACUUCGCCCUGGAGAUGAUACCCAAGGUGGACGGCCUGAACCCCCAGGUGGCGGCGGGCAUGGCCAACUGCGCCUUCCGGACCUGGCAAAAGUUGGACCAAGACCGGCAGGAGCUGAUCCGCGAGAGGGUGAAGGCCCUGCAGAAGAUGAGCCUCUCCAAAGACACGGCGGAGAUUGUGUCGAAGAUGCAAGGUCUUCUGACUCCAGCGCUGCCCGCGCGCUCGGUGCGCUGCCCCCCGGUGCCGGAGAGGCGCCUCAGCCGCUGUGGCUCUGCCAGGCGAGUCUGCGUCUUCCAGGCAUCCAGCCCGGCUGGCCCCGGCGCCCUGGGUCGGCGCUACGAGGCGCCAGAGCGGGAGCUCGAUGAGCUGGCAGCAGUGCUGCUGAACUUGGUGGCUGUUUUCCGCCUCGACGCGGAUGUUGUUGCCAUCGUCAACGGUGAUGAGCUGGAAGAUGAUGGAGAGUGCCACCACGGGGCGCGGCGCAGCUGGCCUCUGCUCUUCUCAGCUGGCCUCCGGCCGCCGGCGGAGACGGGCUUUUGGUUCGGCGAGUUCUGCCACGCCCUGGCGCACCGCUCCACGGGCCCGGGCCACGGCGCGCGGCACUCGCGGGUCAUGCAGAUCCUUAUGGCCCAGCACUUCGAUGACUAUGCACGCAGCGUGCGGCAGGCGCCGCUGCGGGAGCCGGUGCCGGCCCGGCGCCGCAGGCGCUCUAGCUCCUCUCGGCGCUCUCGGCGCUCCAGACGACGCCGGUGA